CCAUCAUUACUUAUGUAAAUAUCUUCUGCGGGUGGGCGCUUGUCGACCUUACGUCCCAUCCACGUCCUCUUUCACCUAGAAACCUCUUUAGACUCAGUCUCAGUUAUGAAGAAACGGCUUUCGCGAUUGCUGGGCCCGCGAAGCCACUCAAACCCUCAUUUGCCAGCGCAGAGUGGAGACAGCGAAUUUGAGGUCUCCUCUCUCCCCCCUUCAGGGGAUGAAUCUCGCACAAAACCUCCAGGAUCGGUACGCAAUUUAUUGGGCAAGGUGACCAACCGUUCCACUCGAAGCGCUCGACAGUCUCCGAUCCCUGAACCCGCGGCUGCAAGUUCCGGGGCACAGGAUCCCAUAACCACUCAGACAACUCAGGAUCAUUCAACGCUCACCGUGGCACCCACUCCCGAACAGGCUUCUGAUGCCCGCGCUGCGAACGCCGAACAACUUAACCCGAAGUUUGUAGAUGAAAAAAUCGCUGAUGCCUCCAAAAAUAUGGAAGGCAUGAAAAAUGUCCCAGGAAUGGCCCAAAAUAUAGCUUCACCAUCCGACAACCUACAAUCCAUCCCAAAUACCAUUGACACGUUCUCCGUGAUUCUUGGACCACUGAAGUUGUUCAACUCCGUCGCUGAUGGGCUUGCAGAUGUCCAUCCCUAUGCAAAGGUGGCGUUGAGCAUAUUCACCUUCGCGUCGAAGAUGAUCAUCGCUCAGGCAGACCGCGAUGCUGCUGUGUCUAGUCUGCUCCAGAAGAUGUCAGAGAUCUAUGCUUUCAUGACGCAAGAUGAAGCAUUGGCCAAAAUUGAAUCGAUGGUAGCGAUAUACGGAAAGAUAGCGCGACAGACGCUGGAAUGCGCCGAUUUCAUCACCCAUUACUCUGAGACAAAGAGCGCCUGGGUAAGACUUGGCAAAAACAUCGUCAGCGAAACAGAUGCCAAGAUUCAGAGCUUCAGCGAGGCUCUGGAUAGUCUCAUGCAGCAGUUCAGAGAUCAAGCGAUUCGUGACGCUGUGACAAUCAUUCACCGUGCCGGGGAGGAUCUGGACCUCAGCGGGAUGAUGUGUGCUGAUGGUGCUGGUUUCAAUACUUCCAAACGUUGUCUCCCAGGCACUCGGGAGGACAUUCUGUCCGAGAUCAAGUCCUGGAUCUGUAGCACGGAGAAGGACGUGCCGUCCAUCUUCUGGUUGUCCGGCACUGCAGGGAAAGGCAAAUCAGCUAUCUCAUUGGACCAGUCGGGAAGGCCUCCAAAGCCAUCACUACUCCCGUGCUGAUAGUCAUCGAGGCAUUGGACGAGAGUGGCAAGAAGGCCUCCCGAGAACAAAUUCUUCGUCUGCUCGCUGGCAAACUGAACACCU